AUGGCUGGGCCUGCAAACUGCGUGCGCAGGCCGGGCAAAGGGGAUGUUGGAAUGGCUUGGUCAUCAUCAAACGUGUCAAGCCGGACGCCUCACCUCGCUGAAUUCAUUGCUCGCACCCACUGCUGCACCACCGCCGGCGGCGCCGCUGUCGAAAUCCUCCGCACCUGUUUCUUCCACACCCCCUUCUGCCCCACGGACUCGCGCCUCUGCAAAAUGGGUGCACUUGUCAUGGGCAACCUGCGGACUGCUGACGUGGCGGACGUGCAGGAGAGGCUGCAGGCGAAGCUGGGCGGGGCUGCUGGGUGCGCCCAGCAGCCAGCAGCCCCGCCCAGCAGCCCCGCUGCUCGUCCCUCACCUCAGGAAGGAGGACGUGCUCUUCCUGAGGGACGAGCAGCGGGAGAAGGAGGAGGGCUCUCCCCACCCGCCACUCACAUCAGCCCCACUGCAAAGGCUCAGCCUCCACAGCGCAGUCGCGCUGCUCUCCCAGGCACCAUCCCCUCCCUUCCCCAUACCCUCUCCCUCCCACACCCCCUUUCCCCCACCCCUCCCAGCUCCGCACCUGCUUCUCCCACGCCAUUGUCGCCCCACGGAUUCCUGCCGCUACGUUGGCGCGGCGCCGCACUGCUCUCACCCACCCGCUGUACCCUUUCUCCCCAUACCCUCUCCCUUCCCCCUCCUUCUCCAGCCACCCCACCAGCGCUGCACUUGUUGCUCCUUUUCCUUAUGGUGUGGCCGCACAGCUCUCACCCGCGCACUGUCCUUUCCUCUCCCCUACCCACCUCCUCCAACCCUUCCCCUGUCUCCCCACCAGCUCCGUACCGCACCUUCUACUCCAGCACUGGUUCCUGGCCCGAAUUUCUCGCCCCUUUUAAACCAGGCAGGCAGAGGCUGCUGACGUGGCAGAGGCAUUACCACAAUGACCUUGCCUCACCUUGCCUCACCUUGCCUCACCUUGCCUCGCCUUGCCUCUUCUUGCCUGCCCUUACCUCGCCUUGCCUCUUCUUGCCUGCCCUUGCCUCGCCUUGCCUCUUCUUGCCUGCCCUUGCCUCGCCUUGCCUCUUCUUGCCUGCCCUUGCCUCGCCUUGCCUCUUCUUGCCUGCCCUUGCCUCGCCUUGCCUCUUCUUGCCUGCCCUUGCCUCGCCUUGCCUCUUCUUGCCUGCCCUUGCCUCGCCUUGCCUCUUCUUGCCUGCCCUUGCCUCGCCUUGCCUCUUCUUGCCUGCCCUUGCCUCGCCUUGCCUCUUCUUGCCUGCCCUUGCCUCGCCUUGCCUCUUCUUGCCUGCCCUUGCCUCGCCUUGCCUCUUCUUGCCUGCCCUUGCCUCGCCUUGCCUCUUCUUGCCUGCCCUUGCCUCGCCUUGCCUCUUCUUGCCUGCCCUUGCCUCGCCUUGCCUCUUCUUGCCUGCCCUUGCCUCGCCUUGCCUCUUCUUGCCUGCCCUUGCCUCGCCUUGCCUCUUCUUGCCUGCCCUUGCCUCGCCUUGCCUCUUCUUGCCCGCCCUUGCCUCGCCUUGCCUCGCCUUGCCUCUUCUUGCCUGCCCUUGCCUCACCUUGCCUCGACUUGCCUCGCCUUGCCUCUUCUUGCCUGCCCUUGCCUCGCCUUGCUGGAAUGAUGCCUCGCACCCGCCGCUGCACCAAUGCCAGCGGCGCCAGUGCCGGAAGCGUAAUGAUUGCCCACAGCUGUGUGCGCCUCGUAAACCCCCACUUGUCGUCCGCCUGCCUAAACCUUCAUUCUAUCCUUCCCACCAUGGCACCGCUCCUUUCCCUCCCUCCCUGCUCUCUCCCUCUCCAAUCCCCUCAUCCCCCACUCCCCCCCUCAACUCCCUCCCUCAGUCUCCCCUCCCUUGCUCAGCUUCAUUUCAUUCUCUCUUGAGCCAUGUGUGCAUAGUGCAGCCAGCAGCAGCUCCAACCCGCCCUGCUCUCUCCCUCUCUCUCCCUCCGGCAGGGAAUGGAUGCUACAGCU